AAAUACUACGAAGAAGAAGACAUUGGAAGAAUCCACAUUUGCCAGAGGGGUCCACAAAACAUCGCAUUAUUGGAGUGAUAUUAUUGGUCUGGAAUACAUUUCGUGGAAAUGUGGACCUCAAACAGGAUAAACAAAUAUGCGGCUUUCAGAUUUUGAACUCGCCUCAGCGUUCGUCAAGUCAUUGAAGUAAGUGAUCAGGGAGAAACAGGACGUAAGAAGCGGCUGCCAUUCGUUGCCUUCCCAGUCGACCUUUAAAGACAAGAAUAAAAUGACAGGAACGAUGGAAUCCGAAAUGGGUUAUGAUGACGUCACUAAGGGUCUGUAAAGUCUCCUGACCCACUAGACGAACUUUUUACCCACACGGCAGUUUGAGCACGACCCACGUCACAUGUUCGGACAUACAAACGCAGCAAUGGCAACAACAUGCGGGUAUGUGCUGCAGAGACUACUCGCAGCUCAUCGGGUUGGCAACCGGAAGUGGACCUCGACUUCAAGUCAUGGACGCUUCACCUGGAAAGCAGCGGUCAGACACGCGUGCCAGUCUGAUGUCUCAGGUAGCAGUGCUCUGUCUUUUCGCAGUCACACGUGCGGACAGCUGAGGCGGGAGCACGUGGGAGAGAAGGUGACACUCUGCGGUUGGGUGCAGUACCUGAGACAAGACCUGUUUGUCAUUCUACGAGAUUUCAGCGGUUUGACCCAAGUUCUGAUCCCUCAGGAGGAAUCUGCGCGCCACGUCAGAGAAGCGCUGCGUCAUCUCACCGUCGAGUCGGUCAUCAAAGUCACGGGCACCGUGAAGGAACGGCCAUCGGGACAGGAAAACAAGGUGUGUGAAACGUAUGGAACGCGAGCGUUGUCCCGCUUGGAGCGGCUCCUGUCACGGCGUGAUGUUUCCACAUGGAAGGAGAUGCCGACGGGGCGCAUUGAAGUCCUCGCCCAGGACGUGGACGUGUACAACAUCUGCCGGACGUUGCCUUUUGAAAUCAAAGACUUUGUCAAAAAAUCCGAGUCUUUGCGCAUGCAGUUUCGCUACCUGGACCUGAGAUCUUCUCGCUUGCAGAAGAACCUCAGACUGAGGUCCCAGCUUGUGAUGAAGAUGAGGGAAUAUCUGUGUUACGUGCACGGGCGCCAAAGAGUUUGUGGUUCCCUCCAGAGACCCGGGUCUUUUUUACUCCCUCCCUCAGAGUCCUCAGCAGUUCAAACAGCUGUUGAUGGUGGCUGGGGUGGACAGGUACUUCCAGGUGGCUCGGUGCUAUCGAGACGAAGGCUCCAAAGCGGAUCGCCAGCCCGAGUUCACCCAGGUGGACAUAGAAAUGUCCUUUGUGGACCAGGCGGGAAUCACAUCCCUGGUGGAGGGUUUGUUGCAGUACUCGUGGCCCGCGGAGACAACCCCCAUCACGCUUCCCUUCCAAACCAUGACGUACCAGGAGGCCAUGAGGGACUACGGGGUGGACAAACCCGACACCAGAUUUGGCAUGAAGGUGGGGGGGGUGUCUGUCUGCUGCACGUAGACAUUUCCACCCCCGAAAUAGGCUGGUGUUUUGUUGCCAGUGUGAUGUGCGUGCGUGUGGGUAAAUGUCUGCUGCUCGGCCGUAAUGAUCAGUUGCUUUGGAACCAAUCACCCGUCUCGCCUCACCUGUCUAUCUCUCUCGUCCCGUCGUCCGUCCAGCUGAUGGACAUCAGAGACGUUUUCGUGUCCGCAGACGCCGCUUUCCUCAAAUCGGGAAGCUCGGUACUGGCCAUCCGUGUCCCCGACGGCGCAACGUUAUUUACCGCCAAGGACUUGGAAGGACUGAACCAAGCAGCCAAGACACACUUUCACCAGGAGGUGAGCGUGGUGCUGGUCAGAGCUGAUGGAACUCUCAAGUCUCCUGUGAAGAAGCUGCUGUCAGGCGGCAUCAGCGACGCCUUGCUGAAGAAGACCGGAGCCGAGCCCGGGGACCUCCUGCUGAUAGCCGCCGGUGCUCCCGCCGUGGUGCGCCCGCUGCUGGGUCAUCUUCGUUUGCGGUGCGCCGACCUCCUGGAGUCUCACGGCUCUUCUGUCCGCGAUCCUUCAGCCUUUCACUUUUUGUGGGUGGUGGAUUUCCCUCUCUUCGUGCCCAAGCGGGACGAGCCGGGUCGGCUGGAGUCCGCCCAUCACCCCUUCACCGCUCCGGUGCCAGAAGACGCGCCGCUACUGUACACACAGCCUCUGAAGGUCCGGGGUCAGCACUAUGACCUGGUGCUGAACGGCUGUGAGAUCGGAGGAGGAUCCAUCCGCAUCCAUAAGGCUUCAGAGCAGCUUCACGUGUUGAAGAACAUUCUCCAGGAGGAUCCCACCGUUCUUUCUCACCUGCUGGAGGCUCUGGACUCAGGAGCGCCCCCCCACGGUGGCAUCGCUCUUGGUUUGGACCGGCUGGUGUCCAUCAUGGUGGGGGCUGUCAGCAUACGUGAUGUCAUCGCCUUCCCCAAGUCGUUCCGCGGUCACGACCUCAUGGGCCGCGCCCCCGAUUACGUGUCAGAGGAGGAGCUGAAGCCUUACCACGUGUCGGUCAGGUGGCCGGCGGGGACAAGAGGAGGACAGGAUGAAAGCGGGGACAUUUAGACGGUAGCUAACGUGCAACGAGCACGCAGAUGCACCACAAUUUGAUGGGAGUUUUUUUUUUUUAUUGUGGGAUCAGUCAUUUUCAACACAAAUAAAUUGAUUGAGAAGGUAACUUUUUGUUUACAUCCUGAAAAUGGUUGUAGCCAUCAAACCUCCACCAGAGUUGGCUUGUUUUUCUUACCUGCUGUUGGAACUGGACAUAAAUUAACCAGCAAUAUAAUUAGCAUGCAUGUAUCGUAGUAGUGUUAGAGUGUGUUGCCCUGUAGGAAUGUCUGUUUUAGGAAUGCAGCGGUAACCCAGCAACAGAAAGUGACGACUCAUGGCGCCACUGGGUCUGCUGACACCAAGGAUGCAGUCAAAUACUAACCGAUGUCCUUUAAGGCUGUGCUGAAAUGUGCUUCAUACAACACAUGUAUUAAAGAUAAUCACCACAGAGACACACACACAUAGACAAAACAAGUACAGUUGUGCAGCUGCUUGCUACCCCAUCCUUGAGAGUUGCACAACCCUGUAGGUAGGGAAUACCCAAAUAAAAAGUGAGAGCUCAGAGAAUGUAUUCAGAGCGGUGUGGGAAGGCAACUCUGGUACGCUCCUCUGUUCUCCUUGUGAGUAAAAAGAUGUGCUUGUUGUCUUGUCUCUUCUGUAAUUUUGCUGUGUUUUACAAGCAUCACAGGCGUGUGAACCUGACAUUUACUUGGUCCUUCGAGCCGGAUCCCAACACACCUGAGGAGUCCAGUUGGAGAGUGGACGAGGCAGAAAGACCGUGGCCACGGCAGACCAGACCCUUUCAUGGGCUGCCUUCU